UGCCGGCAACUCCGAAGGGGGGAAAAAGAAAAAAACUACAACGCCGCGACUCCACACAUCCAUGGAAGCAACCAGAUGAAUUCCAGCUUCUUUUCCCCGCGUAUCCUUUCCUUUUUCUCUUUCUCAUUCUCCACCACAGCUGUCACUGCUCGUCCUACACAAGUCCAAUUCUUCCGCAGGAUGGCGACCACAGUCAACCCGCGUGAUCCGAACACGCUAAGCAACUACAACAAUUGGCGCUCUGCUCAUAUCACCGCCAACUUUGAGAUCCUCUUCGAUCAGAAGAAGCUCGUCGGAAAUGUUGUGCACAAGUUUCGCUCCACAACUGAGGCCCAGUCCAAGGAGAUCAUCCUAGACACAAGCCAUCUCGACAUCGGUGAGGUCAAGGUGGAUGGCCAAGCUUCCAAGUGGGAGCUGCUGGCCCCGCUGGAACCCUAUGGUACCCCGCUCAAGAUCAGUCUUGAGAAAGGUGUGCAGCUGAACGAGACUAUCGAGGUGGAUAUUUCCGUCAAGACCACUGACAAGUGCACUGCGCUUCAAUGGUUGACUCCUGCUCAAACUUCUAACAAGAAGCACCCGUAUAUGUUCUCGCAAUGCCAGGCCAUCCAUGCCCGCUCCAUCUUCCCCUGCCAGGAUACUCCCGAUGUCAAAAGCACCAUUGACUUUAACAUCACCUCGCCCCUGCCAGUCAAGACUAGUGGAUUGCUGAUCAAGGAAUCUCACCCGACGACCGAGUCUGGAAGCCAGCUUUACCGCUUCAACCAGUCGGUCCCGAUUCCCAGCUAUCUCUUUGCCGUUGCAAGCGGAGAUGUCUCGGAAGCUUCGAUUGGUCCUCGCAGUGUCGUGGCUACGAGCCCAGACAAGCUUGACGAGUGCAAGUGGGAGCUUGAAGCUGACACAGAGACUUUCAUCAACACCAUUGAGAAAAUUGUCUACCCCUACGCUUGGGGCCAGUACAAUGUUUUGAUUCUCCCACCCAGCUUCCCCUACGGUGGAAUGGAGAACCCAAUUUUCACCUUUGCUACUCCCAGUAUUAUCUCAAAGGACCGUGAAAACGUCGAUGUCAUCGCGCACGAGCUCGCCCACAGCUGGAGUGGUAACCUGGUGACCAAUUGCUCCUGGGAGCAUUUCUGGUUGAACGAGGGCUGGACUGUGUAUCUUGAGAGACGGGUAUGUAAUAAUCAUCACAACGUCGAUCCACCUAUUCUUGCUAACCAAACCCUUCCUAGAUUCUGGCCGCCAUGUACUCACGGCGAGGCAUACCGCCACUUCUCGUCCAUUAUCGGAUGGAAGGCUCUCACCGACUCCGUGGACCACUUCGGCCACGACCACGAGUUCACCAAAUUGAUCACUGACCUGAAGGGCAAGGAUCCCGAUGACGCUUUCUCCAGCGUCCCCUACGAGAAGGGCUUCAACUUCCUCUUCCACCUAGAGAACCUUGUUGGAAAGGCCAAGUUUGACAAGUUCAUCCCUCACUACUUCACCGUCUUCAAGUGCAAGUCCCUGGACUCCUACGAGUUCAAGGCCACAAUCCUCGACUUCUUCAGCUCCGACGCAGAGGCCUCCAAGCUUCUCACCGAGCUGGACUGGGACACAUGGUUCUACGCCCCAGGCCUGCCCCCAAAGCCAGACUUCGAUACCUCCCUCGUCGACGUCGUCUACUCCCUCGCCAACAGAUGGCAAAGCCUAUCCACCGGCUCCUCCACUUUCAAGCCCGCAGCCAGCGACCUGGACGGUCUGGCUGCCAACCAACUCCUAGUCUUCCUCGAGCAAGUUCUGCGCUGGGAGCAGCCGCUGCGCCCUGAGCUUUCCAAGCUUAUGGGUGACGUCUACGGCCUAGCCAAGAGCGAGAAUAUCGAGGUUGCGAACCUUUACUUCCAGGUUGGUAUGAAGGCUGGUGAUCAGAGUGUUAUUGAGCCUACUGCCGAACUGCUGGGCCGUAUUGGCAGAAUGAAGUUUGUGCGACCUUUGUUCCGCAAUCUCCAGAAGGCGAACCGUGCCGUGGCCUUGGAGGCCUUUGAGAAGUACAAGGAUUUCUACCACCCUAUCUGCCGGGCUAUGGUUGAGAAGGACCUCUUUGGCAAAAAGGAGAAUUAA